AUGGUCACUAUAAACUAUGAACCUUUGGAGCAUUUACCUUAUCUUGAUGCAAGUAUAAGUCCAGAAGAACGAGCUCAUGUGGAACAAUUAAUAAGGAUUGAAUUAACAAAUCAAUUUGCUAAUCAAAAUCUUAAUAAUAUAAACUUUCAUCCUCCUCAACCACAACAACCCACACAACCUUCGCAACCAUCCCAAUUACAACCACAACCACAACCACCUCAAGUUCAAGUUCAAGUUCAACCUCAGUCUCAACCUAUAGAACAAUCAAUAUUAUCACCUUCACUUGAAGCUUCAUCUCAAAGAGAUGUUACUCCCACUAUAAUCGUAACUCAAAAUGAUAUACCGAAUCGUCCCUUAAUCAUCAAUAAUAAUCUGUCUCAUAGUAGCAUAACUCAAACUGGUUUGGACGAUAUUCAUAAUCAUCAUUCUACAACUCCUCUUAAUAGUUCAAGUACAAAUGAAAUCAUAUCGCCUCUUAAUGAUCAACAACAACAACAACCUCCAUUACAUCCUUUAGUAGAUCAUUUAUUACCAUUAUCCACAACUAUGCAUAGACUAAGUCCAAGUCCGUUAAUCAAUGAAGAAAUUGAACGAUAUGAAUUGGAAUUUGAAGAUGAAGAUUUCGAUGAAGAUAUUGAAGGAGAAGAUGAUUUUCAUAUCAUUAAAAAUGGUAUUGAUUUAUCAAGAUAUAAUGUUAGUGAAGGUAGUAGUAGUUCCAGUAACAAUUCUGGUUCUAAUCAAAUUCCAUCGGUAUCGGAAUUAUAUACCUCAUUAUCAUAUCAACAAUUAACAGAACGAAAUUUAAGAAUAUUACUUGAGAAUAAUGAAGAUUUAUCUCAAUUCAAUAAUGAUCAAUUACAAAAUUUACAAUCUUUACAACAAGAUUAUGUUAUAAAUGUUAAUUCUAAACGAGUUAAAUUGGAUGAUAUUAAUCAAAUUCGAAAACGGAAACAAAUGGAAUUUGGCACCGUUAAUAAUUAUCUUCAAACAAAAUGGAAAGAUGGCAUAAAAAAUGUGGUAGAAUUAGGAAUUGAAAGUUCAAGAAUAGAAGAGAAUUUAUAA